AUGCACAAGCAAGUACAAGUUUUCCUCGGAGUUCCAUACGCUAAACCACCGAUCGGCGAGCUACGUUUCCAAAAGCCACAGUCUCCAGAAUCGUGGGACGACAUCUACGAUGCAAAUUCCGUGAAAGAUUCCUUAUUCAAGAUGGAUUCGGCCUACGAAACUAGGUACAAUGCCACCGCUUUGUCCGCUCUCAAUGAUGUCGUUGUGUCGUGCAACUUUCGACUGUCCAUAUUCGGUUACUUGGACGUGGAAACUACUCCUGGCAACGUGGGCCUCUGGGACCAAUUGUUUGUGCUACGGUGGGUACAGGACAACAUACUUUCCUUUGGCGGGGAUCCGAAUUUGGUAACUGCAUUUGGCCAAAGCUCAGGUGCCAUGGCCGUUCACGGUACUCUGGUGUCGCCGUACAGCGCCGGACUGUUCCUCCGCAUUUUUCUCAUGAGUGGAACACAGAACACAGACAGUGACAUAGAUUCAGUUUGCGAAACUAUCAGCAAAGGAAACGCCGCUGCCAAACUUCUUGGCUGA